CAAGUCCUACAGUAUCCCAGUGUACCGUGCGACCUGUAGGAGUUCUCCGGUGUCCCGUGGUGCUUCGGGGAUCGGUGGUCAUGGCGGCAAUGAGGGAGGAUGUGGGAGAAGAUAAAGAGAACCAAGCUGUGGAGCUCGGAGCCACCCUGAGCCUGGAAAUCCUGCAGAUCAUCAAGGACUCUCAGCAACAACAUGGCCUAAGACAUGAAGACUACCAGAGAUACAGGGGUUACUGUUCCCGCAGACUUCGCCGUCUCAGGAAGGCGCUUGGCUUUAAAAUGGGGAACAAACACAAGUUCACAGGCAAGAAGGUCACAAUGGAAAUUCUGUCAGAUAACAGGUAUUUGCUGCUGGUUUUAAUGGAUGCUGAGCGAGCCUGGAGUUACGCCAUGCAGCUGAAACAGGAAGCGAAUACUGAACCACGCAAACGCUUCCACCUGUUCUCUCGGCUCAGGAAAUCUGUCAAACAUGCAGAGGAGCUGGAACGCCUGUGUGAGAGUGACCGUGUUGAUGCAAAAACAAAAUUGGAAGCUCAGGCCUACACUGCCUAUCUUAAGGGCAUGCUGAGUUUCGAGCUGCAAGAAUGGAAAGGUGCAAUGCAGGCUUUGCACAAAUGCAAGACAAUCUAUGAGAAGUUAGCCAGUGCGUUCACAGAUGAGCAGGCGGUGUUGUACCAUCAGCGUGUGGAGGAGAUCUCACCCAAUAUCCGUUACUGUGAUUAUAAUAUAGGUGACCAGUCUGCAAUGAAAGAACUGAUUCAGAUGCGAAUGAAAUCAGGAGAGACUGGAGGGUUGCUGGAUACUCUGCUAACGCAGACCCGAGCAAAGCACGCUGCCACUAUGAGUGAAGUGAAGUGGAGGGGACGGGUCAUCCCUGUGAAAAUCGAUAAAGUGCGGAUCUUCCUUCUUGGACUGGCAGACAACGAAGCAGCGAUUGCACAGACUACAACUGACGAGGCCAAGGAGCGACUGUAUGAGAGUCUGUUGAGUGAGUGCCGUGAUGCCAUCCAGGCUGUCCGUGAAGAGCUGAGAGUUGAUCCGGCACAGAAGCAGCGGGAGCGAUCUCUGGAGCCUGACUUGGGAAAAGUGUCCACUCUGCAAUAUCUCCACAGUUACCUUACAUACAUUAAGCUUUCUACGGCGAUAAAACGCAACGUUGCCAUGGCUGAAGCUUUGCAAAAGCAAUUGAGUGAGCCUACGCAAGACGAGGGGAAACGCGUGCUGCGGCCGCAAGACCUGAUCCGACUGUAUGACAUUAUCCUGCAGAAUCUGUCGGAGUUACCCCAACUGUCAGGAUUGGAGGAUGAUAAAAACUUCCAGGCAGAGGUGGAGCUGAAGACAUUGGUUUACAAGGCCUACAGGUGCUUUUUCAUUGCUCAGUCCUAUGUACUUGUAAAAAAGUGGAGUGAAGCCCUGGUUCUGUAUGAGCGGGUCCUUAAAUAUACCUCCGAAGCACAGACACGGACCACGAAAUUUACAAAUAAUUUACAGGACCUCCCUGAUGUAAAGGAACUAGCUGCCCGAGUCAAUGCUGAGAAGUACUCUGUACAGGCAGCAGCUAUUCUAGACACAGAAGAUGUCUCUGAGAUGGUGUCACAGCUUCAGGUCAAAGACAGCAAGCCUCUCUGGGAUUGUUUGGACGUGUUCCGCAUCGACCCCUCUCUGGUUACUAAGCAUGCCAAUCUUGUACAGUUCCCACCAGAAUUCCAGCCGAUCCCCUGUAAGCCUCUGUUCUUUGACCUGGCUCUGAAUCAUGCGGCAUUCCCAGACUUGGAGGACAAAGUAGAGCAGAAAGGGAAAGGCCUCACCGGUUACAUCAAAGGUUUCUUUGGCUUCCGUGGCUGAAGUUUGGAACGGUUGGAAGUGAUUAAAACAAUUUGUCUAAUGUAAUGGUCAAUGUCCUACCCUUGCAUUUCUGAACGGAGUUUAAUACUUCAAAUAUAAUCAGAACCAUGGAGAAACCUAGGGGUGCAGAGCAGACUGAACUGAACAAUAACUAUAGCCUCACAAGAUCCUUACUUAUUUCUGCUUGGGUUCUGCAACCCAUUCAACCCACUCCUCCCAGUUACAGUACUGACUGGCCUGUGCUUCGCAUAAGCCUACCCAUGAAAGGAUAGGCUCAACCUGUGUCAGAAAUUGGAGAAAGUAAAAUUACUCAUGUUUUGCACACCCCCCCCGGCCAUAACCGUAAAAAUAAGACUUGUCUUCAGUUUGCUUUUCCUUGUGGACUAUGUCAAAUUAAAAGCAAUUCUACUUCACCAUACCUCAAUAAUGGGAGGCCAAAAAAAAGCAGUGUCUACGAUAUUUUGCUUCUCUUUCUCAUAACCCUGGCUGCUGGCCAGGAGCAACAAGAAUUUGGGAUGCAUUAUUGUAAACCUCCCCUUUUAUGAUUUAAUUUUUUUAAAUGCAACUAACAAGGUGAUUAAGUGACAUUCAGUCAGGGGACCUGUUUAAUAUAUGUUGCAUGAUAUGUCCUUCAUUCCUUUCUCUCUUCUCCCAAGAAGGACUUAAACUAGCCCCUUAUAGUAAUUUAGCGUACUACACAUGGUAUAUACUUAACAGCAUUUACUUUCUGCUGUACACUGUAUGUGGUCCUUUGCAUUUUAAGCGUUAGGUUUUGAGAUACCCUUGUUCUUUAUGUUGAGGGUGUAGAUCUUUUGCAAGGACCAUGGUGGGUCAUUUCUUAGUUUCACACACUCGUUUGUUGCCGACUCCCUGGUUUGGAACUAGACAAACCAGUGUCAGAGAUGGUCUUCUGCUAAAGUUGUAGGGUGAACACCUUGUUUAAAUAGUCCCCAUCCCUUUAUGGGUCUGGGCAAAAGCCAACCAUCAUAGUUUUACAUGUUCCUCAAACAGGACAUAUGAUGAAAGGUCACUGGAGAUCUCUGAAGCAACACAUUGUACAUCUGCAACAAUCCUGCAACUAGCUAAUGUGACACACAGCCACACACCAGCCUGCAAGCCCCACAAGUGCCUGUCUCCUCUCACUGUUACUGCUGCUGCAUAUAGACAGACAUUUGCAGAAGUGAAGAGUUGCUUAUUUAUAAUUCAAAUGCAUCAGCUAUCCGAUUCUUUAAACGGUUCAUGAUUGCUACUGGCUGGCCUUGGAGGACAGCACAGGAAGCCAAACUGAUGCCAGAUCAGUUCAGUCUGCUGUGUACUGAUACAAAAGUUCCUCAACUCGUCUUUUCUCAUCAAAUGACUCAACAGUUGAAGAUCUUGCCAAAUAUUUAAAGCUAAACAGCUUGUUGUUCGAAGUCUGUUGUCUAUGUUAAAACCAGUGCAACUUGGAAUCAUUCCACAGGUAAAGAUAUUUUUCUUUUAAAAUGUUCUACCAAGAUAUAUUGAGAAGAAUCCCCUACUGUGUGUCUGAAUGAACUGGAAUUAAAAUCUUCCAAGAUUUGCGUUGAUGAACAUUGAGCCAUUCCCAUUGUAUUGUGCCUGGUCUUUGACAGAAGGUGCUUAUAAUUGGAUGAAAAAAGAAAAUGGAAACUUUAUUUUUUGUUUUAAAGGCCCUGAAAUAAAGACUAUCCUAAAGUGAA